UUGCUUUUAUCCCUGUUGGAAGAGAAUUUCAUUCCUCAGUUCUUAUUGAUAAGAAAUUGUAUUUUAGUGGUGGAUUCUCUUCAGUUGCUAGUGCUACCAAUGAAUUCUUUUAUUUGGAUUUAUCUAAACCAUUUACAACAACGAACAAUGCUUCUAUACCAUGGAUUGACCUUACAUAUACUAAUGGUCCCCUAAAACAUUCUGCCACUGCAUGUAUUGGUGGAAACAAAAAUGAUGCUAUUUUUAUUUUUGGUGGUUUUCCUUACAAUAAUAAUUUUAUUAAUCAAUUUAAUACAAGUAAGCAACAGUGGACCAAUAUCACUGUUACUGAUGUAGCUCCAUUAUAUAGAGAAGAUAUUUCAUGUGCCGAAUUUAAUAAUGGAUUGAUUGCAAUUUUCAGUGGUUAUAUUAAUUUAACUUAUGCCAAAAAUGAUCUUUGGAUAUUUAACACAUUAACACUAUCAUGGAGUUUAAGCAAUGAAACUAAUGUACCAUCAUCUAGGUAUGGCUAUUGUGCAGUAACUUUACCGGAUAAUAACAUUUUAUACAUUGGUGGAAGUAAUCCUACUAAUUGGACAUCAUAUAUGCCAAUGAAUAAUUUACCCUUAUAUAAUACAACAUCUAAUAUAUGGUCGAACAUUAGUACUUCUGGUCCAAUACCUCCCGGUCGUAGAUAUUUUUCAGUAGUAUUAACUCCUGAUAGACGUAUUUUAAUGUUUGGUGGUAAAAAUGAAAUGACUCUCGGUGACCUGUGGAUCUUGAAUAUAUCAACUUUUCAAUGGUCAAUUGGAAAUAUUGUGAAUCCAAUUGCGGAUCUAACACUUUCUGGUCAUACUGCAACAUUGAUGGAUAAUUAUAUGUUUGUUGCUUUUGGCACAUUUUCAAAUUCUAGUUUUUCAUCGAGGAUAUUUAUAUUAAAUGUAAAUCAAAAUAAUGCUUAUGCGUGGGUUGAUGGACUUACUUCUACUUCGAUUACAAAUCUAAAUCCAACCACUUCAGACUCUAAAUUCUCUGGUUUAAUUAUCAGUGCAAUCAUUUGUGCUAUUAUUUCUGUAAUAAUAUUAGUCGUUGCAAUUAUUUUCCUUUAUAACAAAUCUGAUAGUUUCAAUGUAUAUAAUUAUUUACCGAUGUCAACGAUUAAACCUGUUGAUUUCUAA